AUGAUUGUAGAGGUGAUAAAGCCGUUGGUUGAAACUGAUCCAUCUUUGAAAGUGAAAUCUGUGAUUGCUGAAGUGCAGUCAAAAUUCAAUUAUACGACAAGUUACCGCAAAGCAUGGCUCGCCAAGCAAAAGGCAAUUGCAAACCUUUUUGGUGAUUGGGAAGCUUCUUAUGAAGCUUUGCCGUUGUGGUUUGAAGCAAUGGUACAAAAAGAUCUAUCAGCAGCAGUCGAGAUCGAAACUGUACCAGCAUAUCAAGGGGAUGAGGUAGUCCAGGAUGUUAGGAUACUGACGCGGAUAUUUUGGAGCUUUUAUCCUUGCAUAAGAGCAUUUAGGAGUUGCAAGCCAAUCAUACAGAUAGAUGGGACACAUCUGUACGGGAAAUAUAAAGGAGCUCUAUUAGUUGCAGUUUCUCAAGAUGGUAAUGGCAAUAUUGUGCCUCUUGUAUUUGCCGUUGUUGAGGGUGAGACUUCUGAUGCAUGGCACUUCUUUCUUACUCAUUUGUGCACACAUGUGGUGACUCGAGAUAGUGUUGGGCUUAUCUCUGAUCGUCACGACUCUAUUACCUCAGCAAUAGCUCGUAGUAAUGGAUCAUGGGAACCUCCAAGAGCUAUCCGAAUGUUUUGUGUUAGGCACAUAGCAUCCAACUUUUCGAGAAAUUUCAAGGCAACGUAUUUACAGAAGCUGAUAGUCAACAUGGGCUAUUGUAGGACUGUGCGUGAAUUUAAUGUGCAGUAUGCAAGAUUGCGUGAACGUGGUGAGGCUUACACGCGAUGGAUUGAUCGAAUUCUACGACAGGAAUUUACAUUGGCAUUUGAUAAUGGAUACCGUUGGGGUUAUAUGACCACAAACAUAGUUGAGUGCAUCAACGGAGUAUUGAAGGGAGCGCGAAAUCUUCCUAUCACGUCACUUGUGAAAGCAACUUUUUACAUACUAAAUGGGUUGUUUACUAGGAAGAGGGCCGAGACUGAGGUUCGAAGGAAUGCAGGACAUGUAUUUUCUGAAUAUGCUAGCAACAAACUGCAAUCGAAUCAGCAAGCAGCGGGAAACAUCCAGGUUAACCUAUUUGACAGGCAGAAUGAGAUCUUUGAGUUACGUGAGAUGACCAGUGGUAUCGAGUAUGUGACAGAUCGAAUCUCUUAUCGCCAUGCCUUUACAUGUUGUGCGAACCAACGACUUGAUUGGCAACAAGACGUUCAUGAGGUUUCCAAAGGGCGUCCCAAAAUAACCCGCUUCUUGAAUGAAAUGGAUAUGCGUGAUAUGCGUGGUCAUAGACGUUGCAGGCUUUGUGGAGGCGAGGGCCACAGUCGAAGUAGAUGCCCUCAUCGUGUCGGGUCUAGUGCUGGUGGAUCUGCACCUAUGUCUUAG